AUUUCGGAGUAAAGAACGGCGACUUUUACAUGACUGAGAAAAAAAAACCAACCAUCUUUUAAUUUCUGAAACAAUAUCUUUAAACCCAUGCGUCGUUUACACACAUAGUAAGCUCAAUUGUGUGUUUGGCUGGAGUUGUGUCAUAGGCAGCAACCUGGUUUCUGGAAACAACGGAUAAUGGCACCCGGCGACGGAAUCCAGAUACCGAGCCGCCUCCCGCUGCUGCUGAGCCACGAAGGGGUGCUCCUCCCCGGCUCCACCGUGAGGUUCAGCGUGGACUCUCCGCGGAACAUGCACCUGGUCAGCCAACGGCUGUUGAAGGGGACAUCUCUGAAAAGCACAAUCAUAGGAGUAAUUCCCAACACCAGAGACCCAGAACACGACACCGACGACCUGCCCACCUUACACAAAAUCGGUACAGCAGGGAUAGCGGUGCAGGUGGUGGGCAGCAACUGGCCAAAGCCCCACUACACCCUCCUCAUCACUGGAUUGUGCCGCUUCAGUGUGUCAAGUCUGCUAAAGGGGCGACCCUUUGUCCUGGCAGAGGUGGAGCAAUUGGAUCAACUGGAGCAUUACACAACCCCAGUAACAGAGCGUGCCACGGCCAAAGAUGGAGAUCUGGGGGAGCUGUCUAACAAGUUUUACCAGGCUGCUGUACAGUUGUUAGGUAUGUUGGACAUGUCAGUUCCAGUGGUGGCUAAGUUCAGGCGUCUGUUGGACAGUCUGCCCAGAGAAACUCUACCUGAUGUGGUAGCCUCCAUGAUCCGCACCUCAAACAAGGAAAAACUACAGGUCCUGGAUGCGCUGACCUUGGAGGAGCGAUUUAAGAAGGCUCUGCCCAUGUUGACCAGACAGAUAGAGGGACUAAAACUGCUGCAGAAAACCAGGAAAUCAAGUCCUGAAAAUGAGAAGAGGGUGUUAUCAGUGCGUAAAGGUGGAGUCUUACCGGGCCGGCAGCUCAACCUAGAUGAGGAAGAUGAGGAUGGUGACGACACUGCAGUCUUGGAGAAGAAGAUCCAUGGGGCCAAGAUGCCUGAUGCUGCGUUCAAAGUUUGCCUCAAAGAGCUCAAGAGGUUGAAGAAGAUGCCUCAGUCCAUGCCUGAAUUUGCCCUGACCAGAAACUACUUGGAUUUGAUGGUAGAGUUGCCAUGGAGCAAAAGCACCAAAGACUGCCUGGACAUCCAAGCUGCUCGCACUCUAUUGGACAACGAUCACUAUGCCAUGGACAAGCUGAAGAGGCGUGUGCUGGAGUACCUGGCUGUUCGACAGCUGAAGACUUCUCUGAAGGGACCCAUCCUUUGCUUUGUGGGGCCCCCAGGAGUUGGUAAGACCAGUGUAGGACGCUCCAUAGCCAGGACCCUGGGCAGAGAGUUUCACCGCAUCGCUUUGGGAGGCGUCUGUGACCAGUCUGACAUCCGUGGACACAGACGCACCUAUGUCGGGAGCAUGCCCGGCCGCAUUAUCAACGGUUUAAAGACGGUUGCUGUAAAUAAUCCCGUGUUCCUCCUGGAUGAGGUGGACAAGCUGGGGAAGAGCCUGCAAGGAGACCCUGCUGCUGCCUUGCUCGAGGUACUGGACCCAGAGCAGAACCACAGCUUCACAGACCAUUACCUCAACGUGGCCUUUGACCUCUCCCAAGUGCUCUUCAUUGCCACUGCAAACACCACAGCGAGCAUUCCUCCUGCCCUGCUGGACAGGAUGGAGGUGCUGCAGGUUCAAGGCUACACUCAGGAGGAGAAGGUGGAGAUAGCUCACCGUCAUCUGAUCCCAAACCAGCUGGAGCAGCAUGGAUUAACACCCCAACAGCUGCAUAUACCACAGGACACCACGCAGGAUAUAAUCAGCAGUUACACCCGUGAGGCGGGCGUGCGCUCCCUAGAAAGGAAGUUCGGGGCCAUCUGCAGAGCGGUGGCUGUGAAAGUCGCUGAAGGUCACAGAGUCACCAUGACAGAUGCUUCGACCGCCGCGGGUCCGACGCAGCAGAGCGACAAGGCAGCCCCCCCAGAGAUGCCCAUAGUGAUCGACAACGUUGCCCUAAAGGACAUCCUGGGUCUUCCUCUGUUUGAAAUGGAGGUGUCUGAGAGGCUCACCCUGCCAGGUGUGGCAGUGGGUCUGGCCUGGACCCCACUCGGUGGGGAGAUUCUGUUUGUGGAGGCCAGUCGAAUGGAGGGAGAAGGUCAGCUCACUCUGACCGGUCAGCUUGGGGACGUUAUGAAAGAAUCCGCCCAUCUGGCUAUCAGCUGGCUCAGAGCAAAUGCUAAAACCUACCAGCUCACCAACAUGGUGGGCGGUCCAGACCCACUAGAAGGGACAGACAUCCACCUCCACUUCCCAGCUGGAGCUGUCACCAAAGAUGGCCCCUCUGCAGGUGUUACCAUAGUAACCUGCCUAGCCUCACUGUUUAGCGGCCGAUUGGUCAGAUCAGACGUUGCCAUGACAGGAGAGAUCACACUGAGAGGGCUGGUGCUACCGGUGGGCGGUAUCAAGGACAAGGUCCUGGCGGCCCACAGGGCAGGAGUGAAGUGCGUCAUCCUUCCCCAGCGCAACAAGAAGGACCUGGAGGAGCUUCCAGCCAAUGUCCGAGCCGACCUGGACUUUGUCACAGCCGCAAACCUCGACGAGGUGCUGAACGCCGCCUUUGAUGGAGGAUUUCCAGGGACAGCCAGCACACACAGCCAGCCUCAGCUGACCAGCAAACUGUAACACACCGAUGAAAAAUACACACGUACACACUAAUAAUGUAAUGUGAAGGCUGUGUUCCUCAAUAGACCGAACAGAGUAGUAAUUUGAGAUAAAUUAAGCUACGAUCUCUUUAUGCGAGGUUGUAUUGGUCUGGCAUCUUUGUUCAUCACGUAUUGGCAGUACAGCUAUUCAGAGUGUUGUCAUGUUGGUCCCUUUCAGGGUUCAGCCUCAGAUUUUCUGGACGUUGUGAAUGUGAUGGUGUAAACAUGAUAAAACACAUGUUAAUACAUUUAAUAAAUGAUAUGUUCCGCCCAGGAAACAGGGGAUGGACCCAAAUGCAGAGAGACACAGGGAGCAGAAGGAUGAAUAACAGUGAUUAUAAUAAACAAAUAUCCAAAUCAAAAUGUACAAAGUAGGGGAGCCAUAAUGAGUCACUGAAAAAUCCAACAGACAAAACAGAACGGGCAAAAUGGCACAAACAGGAUCAGGUAAUGCAGACACGACCAACAGGAACAUAGCAGACGAAUCAACAACCAGUAGGCAAAAAGACAGGACCAUGGAUACACAAGGAACUAAUCAGACCACAAGACACAGGUGGGCAGAAACUGCAGCCUGAAAGCUGAUUGGUGGAGGAAACAUAAGGGAACAGCAAGGCUGACGGGACUAUUGCAACACAGGUGAUCACAUGAAAAGGGCUGCGGUCGAAUAGUCAAAACAUUGACCUCCUAACGUCUAUUCCUAACCACUUUUCCUUGACCGCUGUUGAAAACGUCACGGGGUCAAGCAAAGAUGGGAAGGAGAAUUCACGAGGAGUUCGGAAAAGUGAAUUUGAACAGCUCUUAUCAUGGCGGCUUCUUAGAUACUUCGGAUCGUUUCACUCAGUGAGCAACCUUCAGAAGCAAAAAGGACUAUUUGACUGCAGCCGACAGGAAGUCAAACAGACACAGGAGGCUGGUUGACUAGUCGAAAAAAUAAAGAAUAACAGAUAGUAUAUAUAUAUAUAUGUGUAUAAGAGCCAUUUAAAAUCGUAAAAUUAUAUUUUUCAAUAAACAAAACAGAUUUUAAAUGUUCAGACCCAUUUAAUGCCUGGAGUCCUGUGCAUCAUGUGUGCCAAGCUGACAUUGUGUGGAGCGAAAAUACCAAAUAAAAAAGGUCAGACCAAUCAUAACUGGAUCCAUCAAUAAUAAACAUAAUAAAAAAGCGAGAAAGAAACACAACGCACUUUUGUUCUUCUACAUAACUAAUUCAGAG